UGCCACUGUGCCGCAGAACAGAUGCGCUGAUUACGACGGGAUCCUGGUCCAGCUCCAUCGCUGCUGGAUUUUGAUGCUGUUCUCUCUUCUUUCGAGUUCAUUCCCGAGAUACAGAGUCCAUGCAAACAUAUAACUCUUUAUCUCGUAAAAAGCGGUCGUACCUUUUACACAACUUUAAAUGAGAAAAUUUAAAUUGUCUAAAAAGUGAGUUUAAAGAGACGAACAUGAAGACCAAAGGAUUGCUGAAGGUGCUGGUGCUUUUUGGUCUGCUUUUGGGCAGAGCCGCCGCCGAAAUUCGCACGAGCACCGCUUCACCUUUGGUCAGCAGGAGCACCGCCGCCGUCGUGCCCUCGACCGUCGCCAGCAACACCCAAAUCAACGACGCCCUGUCCAGCUCCCUCAGAGAUGUUAAUAUUCAGCUCGAGAAAUUCAACUCGUUGUAUUUGGGAAAGUUGGAAUCAAAGAUUCUUGCGAUUGCGACGCUCAUGGGUCACAUUGACAGCAACGUCAAGCAUCUUCAAGAGAGAGCACACGUUUGGGACACAUUUCAGCUGCACGUGUCCGCCUGGAACGAACAAAUCAAAGCCUUGGAUCGCAAAGUCGAUUUCAUCAGCAGAGGUCAGGAAAGGUUUGAAGUUUUUGACGCCAAGAUGAACCAGAUGCUGGGCGCGCAGGAGGAGCAGCUGCAGCGUGUGUCCGGCCGGCUGGACGAGAUCGACUCUCGCUUGGGCGGCAUCGCCAAGAACAUCGACGACAACGCUGCCGGCGCCAAUAACGAGCCAUCGACACCUCUCCUGGGCGAGUUUGCGACCAGAGGAGUCCUCAGCACUCUCAAGGGAAUCGAGAGAAAAGUUGACAAAUUAAUCGCGCAAAUAAAAGCAGACGAAAAGUCUCACGCGACGGCAGAAAAGGCAGCGUCGAAGUGUCAAGCGCCUUCGUCCGUACUCGAAGCUCUAUUGCAAGACGUGGCCUCCAAGGUUGACGUCAUAUUCGACCGUUUACCUGAAGAAGGUGAGGUGGAAAUCCGCGGUAUGGACAGCAGGGCCUGGCGCCGCAUGGCCUCUCCUUUGAGGAGGACGUGGCGUGCUUUGGAGAGUGUCGAGAAGGCAGUCAAAAGUUCAGAGGAAACGACUGCUCAGCUCAAGAGGGGCCAAGAACACCUCCUGAAGCUUGCCAACCACACGCUGCGACAUUCUGUUCAAGGGUCCGAAUGCUGCCGAAAGCACCGAGAUGAAAAUCAAAACUUGACCGUUCGAGCAACAAACUCGUGCAUCUCAGCCGUCUCAGAAAGUACGGAAUUGACGCUGCGAAACAUGCGUGACCUGCUGACCAACACCAGUCACGAAAUCGAGCACUUGGAGGAUCUAAUUUUAGACCACAUCGCUUACAACAAUACCUGUCCUUUUGAAAAUAAUUCAAUGUCAAACGAAGACGAAUCAGAUUUAAUGUCUCCAAGCUUACUUGACUCUGACUAUGAGGACGUAAGCACCAAAACGCCUCACCAGGUCCAUUCAAGCUCAGCAGGUAAAUCGAAAAAAUUCCAUCAGUGGUCCUGCAGUGACAUCAACGGCAACAGUGGAAUCACAAGUCUGCUUGGAGAGGACGUGGCUGUUGGACACAAAGUCGAGGCCAACGGCGCCCAAAACUGGCUCUACUGCGACCAGGACACGGACGGCGGUGGAUGGACGGUGGUGCAACGACGAGGCCAUUACGGAAAACUUGAAAACUUCACGCGCCCCUGGGAGGACUACAAAAUUGGCUUCGGGGACUUGAGGAAAGAAUUUUGGGCUGGCAACGACUUUCUGCACCACGCAACGUCCGGCGAGAGACCAGUCAAGCUCCGAAUCGAGUUGAGAGACUUCGAAGGCAAUUUUACUUAUGCCGAGUACUCAUUAUUCAGAGUUGGGUCUGAGAAAACAAAUUUUAGACUCACCGUGGCCGGCUAUUCAGGAAAUGCGUCCGACUCCUUCAGCUCGCACAAUGGAACGCCGUUUAGCACAAUCGACAAAACAAACGACGAAUCACCUGCAUGUUGUCCAUGUGCUAAAACAUAUGCAAGCGGAUGGUGGUUCCAUAGCUGUUUUGAGGCCAACCUGAAUGGCGAGUACUUCAUGGACCCCGAGGGCAACAACGAUUUCCAAGGAAUCAUCUGGGAGAAGUGGAGAGAUGAUUACAGCUUGGCACACACGGAAAUGAAAAUUCGACCCCUCGACUUUGAGGGAGGCAGUACUUAAUAUAAAAAUCAAUUAAAUUGAUUGUGUAAUGUUGCAAUUUUUGAACAUGAAACAAAAACUAUAAUUUAUUAAAUAAAUACUUUAAGACAUGAAAGAUUAAGAUUAAUUUUUCUGACGUUU